GAACAGGGUAAACUUAUUACACACGUCGCUCCAACAUCACCAUCCAUCAACCCCCUUUGGACAUCAUGUCUGGAGGAAAGCGCAUCUAUCUCGGCCACCUCUCUCCCGAUGUGCGUCGAGGAGACCUGGAGGAUCUGUUCAAGGGUUAUGGAAAGAUCAAUGAUAUACGUCUGAUGGGCUCCUUUGGCUUCAUGGAGGUCGAGAGUGGUCAGGAUGCGGAUGACCUGGUCAAGGACUUUGAUGGAAAGAGCUUCAUGGGAGAUCGCCUCAUUGUGCAAAUCGCAAAGGAAGCUCGUCCACGCAGCGAAGUACCGCGUCCUCCUGGAGGCUACACGAGCGGAUACCAAGGUGCCAGCGGAUACGGAUAUCCAGGUGGCUACGGUGGUCGCGGUGGCUACGGAGGCUAUCAUGAUCCUUACGCUUACGGUGGUGGGCGCGGCGGUUAUGGUGGUGGACGAGGCGGCUAUGGUGGUGGAUACCCACCGCGUGGAGGAUACGGCGGUGGUGGUUACGGUUUCGACCCGUACGGCCCUCAGCCUCGCCAACCUCGCAUUCGUCGCGGCGAUUACCGCGUCAUCGUUUCCAAUUUGCCAGCCAACACUUCCUGGCAAGAUCUCAAGGACGUGGGUCGCGAAGCGGGACACAUUUCGUUUGCCGAUGUCGACCCAUCUCGUCCGGACGAGGGUAUCCUGGAGUACGAUUCGCGCGAGGAUAUGGAGCGCGCUCUGGACAAGAUCGAAGGUAUGGAGCUGCGCGGAAACAAGCUUCGCGUGGACCCUGCCCCUGCUCCGGAACCUCGAGGCUCGGAACGCGAUCGCGAUCGCGAUGGGGGUCGUUCCAGCAGACCUGCACCCGUCGAGCGAGAGCGCGAGCGCGAACGUUCCCGCUCGCCUGCUCCUCGACGCCGUGCUGACAGUCGCUCUAGAAGCCCUGCGCCUCGUCGUGCCCGCGAUGAUAGCCGAGACCGCUCCCCCGCCGCUUAUCGCAGCGCCUCGGCUCGCGACGCUCCAGAGGAUGAUCGCUACCGCGACUAGGUUUGAAUCUGUCGCACGUAGUAUACGAUAGGAGAAGAGGGUGGAUGGACCUCUCCGUGAAGCGAAUUUCACGUCGGUGCCAAAGGCGCAGGAGUGGAAGCGCGUGGAAGGAUUUGCGAACCCAAACUCUACGACAGAAGUGUAUGGAUUCAUCUCGCAAUCUCGUGUUGACGUGGAUGGCCCUGAACAGAGAACGCGCAUCCGAAGCGGAAAUUUCCACCCCCCCCCCCCUUCCCCCAAAGAGGAAGAAUCGGUCCGCUACGAACCCCACCC